AAAACCAUUUGGAACACAUUCCUUUCCUUAUAUGUAAACCCAGGACUUUCAUUUGUCAAACGCCUAUUUUUCUGUAGAAGUCAUUUUCUCUUCUUCCAAGAAAGAAAUCUUGUUUUAGAAUUUGGACCCAUGUCAAGAUGCUGUGAAGAACAACAACAAUCCUUUGAGAUAGCCACUGCAACAUCAUGCCUAAAGACAAAGAACCUAUUUUCAAAAACUUUAAUUUUGUUUGUGUCAUGGCCUUAAUCGUUGGAAUCAAAAUCCAGUUCUCUGAAGAAAGUGAGUUUACAGUAGACAGGUCAAAGAGAGGCCUUACUCAGGUUCCGAAAGACCUACCACCAAAGACUACAGUCUUAGAUAUGUCUCAGAACCACAUAUCUGAACUUCAAUUCUCUGACAUCAACUUCCUAUCAGGCCUAGAAGUUUUGAUACUUUCUCAUAAUAGAAUCCAGCAACUGAAUUUUAGUGUUUUCAGGUUCAACCAGGAUUUGGAAUAUUUGGAUUUAUCUUAUAAUCAGUUGUGGACGAUAUCCUGCCACCCUGUCGUGAGUCUCAAGCAUUUGGACCUCUCAUUCAAUAACUUUGAUACUUUGCCGAUCUGUAAGGAAUUUGGCAACUCCAUACAACUGGAUUUCUUGGGAUUAAGUGCUACAAAGUUACAACAAUUAGAUCUUCUGCCCAUUGCUCACUUGCAUCUGAGUUACAUCCUUCUGGAUUUAAACGGCUAUGCCGUGAAAGGAAAUGAAAUAGAAAGUCUUCGAAUUCUUAAUACAAAGAAACUUCAUCUUGUUUUUCAUCCAAAUAGUUUAUUCUCUGUCCAAUUAAAUAUAUCAGUUAACAAGUUAGAGUGCUUAGAACUGACUAACCUUAAAUUAAAUGAUGAAAACUGUGAAGUUCUAAUUAACGUUUUAUCAGAACUCACUAGAGGCCCAAGCUUACUAAAUUUUACCUUGAAUCAUGUGGAAACAACUUGGAAAUGCUUGGUUACAAUUUUUCAAUUCCUUUGGCCCAAACCUGUAGAAUAUCUCAAUAUUUACAAUUUAACAAUAAUUGAAAACAUUAGGAAAGAAUAUUUUACUUAUUCUAAAACUGCAUUGAAAUCACUGAAAAUAGAACAUAUUACAAAUAGAGUUUUUCUUUUUUCACAGAAUGUAUUAUAUACAGUGUUUUCUGAGAUGAACAUUUUGAUGUUAACCAUAUCAGAUACACCUUUUAUACACAUGCUUUGUCCUCAGAAACCAAGCACAUUUAAGUUCUUGAACUUUACUCAUAAUGUUUUUACAGAUAGUAUUUUUGAAAAUUGUUCCACUUUAGAUAGAUUGGAGACACUUAUCUUACAAAAGAAUGGAUUAAAAGAUCUUUUCAAAGUAGGUCUCAUGACUAAGGAUAUGCCAUCUUUGGAAAUACUGGAUGUUAGCUGGAAUUCUCUGGAAUUUAAUAGACGUGAGGAAAAUUGUACUUGGGUUGAGAGUAUAGUAGUAUUAAAUUUGUCUUCAAAUAUACUUAGUGACUCUGUUUUCAGAUGUGUACCUCCUAGGGUCACAGUACUUGAUCUACACAAUAACAGAAUAAAGAACAUUCCUAAACAAAUCACAAAGCUAGAGGCUUUGAAAGAACUAAACAUUGCUUUCAAUUACCUAACUGACCUUCCCGGAUGUGGUACAUUUACCAGCCUUUCUGCAUUAAUCAUUGACCAUAAUUCAAUUUCCCACCCAUCAACUGAUUUCUUCUCCAGUUGCCAGAGGAUUAGGUCAAUAAAAGCAGGGAACAAUCCAUUCCAAUGUUCAUGUGAACUAAGAGAAUUUAUCAAAAACAUAGGCCAAAUAUCAAGUGAAGUGGUAGAGGACUGGCCUGGGUCUUAUAAGUGUGCAUACCCAGAAAGCUAUAAGGGAACCCAAUUACAGAACUUUCACAUGUCUCAAUUAUCCUGCAACACAACUCUGCUGGUUGUCACCAUUGGAGUCACCAUGCUGGUGUUGGUUGUUACUGUGACCUUCCUCUGCAUGUACAUGGAUCUGCCCUGGUAUCUCAGGAUGGUGUGUCAGUGGACCCAGACCCAGCACAGGGCUAGGAACACACCCUUAGAAGAACUCCAAAGAAAUCUCCAGUUCCAUGCUUUUAUUUCAUACAGUGAACAUGAUUCUGCCUGGGUGAAGAAUGAACUGGUGCCUUGCCUAGAAAAAGAAGAUAUACGGAUUUGCCUUCAUGAGAGAAACUUUGUUCCUGGCAAGAGCAUCAUUGAAAAUAUCAUAAACUGCAUUGAGAAAAGCUACAAGUCCAUUUUUGUUUUGUCUCCCAACUUUGUCCAGAGUGAGUGGUGUCAUUAUGAACUCUACUUCGCCCACCACAAACUCUUUCAUGAAGGGUCUGAUAACUUAAUCCUGAUCUUGCUGGAGCCCAUUUCACAAAACAGCAUUCCUAGCAAGUAUCACAAGCUGAAGGCUCUCAUGGCAAAGCGGACUUACUUGGAAUGGCCCACUGAGAAGAGCAAACGUGGGCUUUUUUGGGCUAAUAUUAGAGCUGCUUUUAAUAUAAAAUUAGCACUUGUCACUGAAAAUAAUGAUGUGAACACUUAAAAGAAAAAAGUCAGGAAAUUCAACUUAAGAAAUCAUCCUUAACUUGAAUUCUGAUGAAUACUCUGAUUUUAAGUUACUGUUUGGUUGAUGUUUCUAUCACCCCCAUGCAAGCAGGAAAGAUUUAAUGAAAACCGUGUCUCAACUGAGCUGGAGAAUUGGGCUGGGGGGUGGGGUGAGUUGGUGCUCAAACGUGCUGAUUAGAGAUAACUCAAUCUCUUCUUGUUUAAAGCUUCUUUCACAUUGAAACAAUCUCUUCUGAGUAAAUUCUGUUACCCAAGUAACUUCCUUUCCCUUCUCCUUUCCCAAAUGGAUUGUGAGCAAAUGCAGGAAUUGAUGUACUUCAUGGCACCAAGGAAAGAAUCAACCUCAUAAUUGUGUGCACAGAAUCUUGACGUGUCCUAUGGAUCCUCACUGGCCUCUGUGUGAGCUUUAUCAUGCUGCUGAACUUUGGGACUUGGGGAAAAACAUUAAAUCAGUUAUAGAAAAUAAAAUAUUUUUUCACCUAUCUGAGUAAAAGUUUAUUACAUUUUGGACCCUGCUACAUAUUCAAUUAGCCAGUGGGGAGUCAUGGCAUAAUAUCUUGUGUAUAUAAAGGGAAAUUUAAUCUUGGUUUAUGGCCAUAGGUUAUUGAAGCCAAAGCUGUAAGAUUUACUUGAUUGCCAAGGGAACUCAGAGCCAAAUUUAUUUGUAGCCAGAUACUGAAUGGGACUUUUCUGGGUGUCUUAGAAUUUUUGCUAAAGUCUCAAAGCUGACAAACAAAGAGACUAGACCCAGCCAUGGUAGACUUACUAAAAGAUAACAGAAAAGACCUUGAAACUAUCAAUUCAUAUUACUCAUCUCCAGUCAUAUGAGAGAAGAUGAUAUUCAAAAGGGUGAUUACAGACUCACUGAGUGCAGUUUCUAGACCUACAGGGAGGUUCCUCUGGAUUUCUCCUGAAGGCGAGUGAGAGGGCCUCUAGCUAGUAAGAGUAAGAGUAGUCUGGUAUCCCACUCCAGACUGAAAGCUUGCAGAGUAACAAGAAUGAACAGACCCAGUGCAGCAGGCAGGGAAUGAUUAGAAAGCUCUCGGAAGAACUUGAUGAAUAUCCCUGGAGUUUGUAGGAUAUUGGGCAUUGUGGACAAAAAAACCCAUUUCCUUCACACUGAUGCUGACUCAUAGUGACCCUGGUGAAUAAUGCCUGGAAAAUAUAGUGCUUAAUAAAUAUUUUUUGAAUGAAUGGAUGUGAACUUCCCGCCUGGAGAAUUCAGAAGGUAAGAGGUUGGUUUGGGUAGCCCGAAACUGCAGAAUGAGGAGACAAGGGAUACAAAGGUGACAGCCUGCACUUCCAUCACUUGACAUGACAAAAAUACAUGAAUUUCCUGUGGGACAUCUUGACCACAGGAAGGAUAUAGGACCUAUUCAACAGGGCAGCCUGUUGUACAAAGAGACAAUAGCCAUAAGAGGCCACAGGGCCGGGGGAAGAGGUGAGUGAGUGUGUGGGGUGCUGCAAAAGCUCAACCAGAGAGUGUGCCACUUGUGUCAAGGAAGUGUGCAAUGCGGAGGUCCACCUGAGGGCUCCAAAGGUCCCACAGAUGCACCCCAUGAAAGAUUUAACAUUUAGACUCUGCCAUAACAGGGAGGAGGAGUAUGGUGGCCUGUAUAGAUUAUCCAAUAUUUAAAUGUGGGGAGAUUUGCUCCUCUUUGUCUAAUACUCCAUUGCUUGCAGUGGCCUGGGGACAUCCAGAAUAUAGAGAAGGCAGAAAAGAUGGAGGAAGAGUGAAGAAACUGAUUAUACUCCUUCCCCUUUUCAUUGUUAGUCAGGCCUAAGCUGAGACUGAGCAGGAGAUGUGAGACUGAUGUCAACUUGGACUAGCCUGGACAUUUUAAUGUCUGAAAUAGAGUUGUGAUUACUAAAAUGAGACUUGUCACUAAAAUCUCUGAGCUCUGUCCAAAAUAUAGGAGUGAUAGAGAUUCAACAGAACCUGGUUGGAAGGUAGUGGUUACAGAAAAAUAAAACUCUUUCCUUCUGGAUUGAACUCACUCAAUAAACCAGUUUCAUAAUUAUUUGUAAAGAAAUAAUACUUAAUGGAAUUUGAUUAGAGUUAUCUUCUGUCUAGACCAGCACUUGCUCAGCAGAACAUGUAUUUUCCUUCUUUAAAAAAAAAAAAAAAAAAACCCACUGCAGUUGAGUUGAUUCUGACUCACAGGGGCUCUAGAGGACAGAGUAGAACUGCUUCAUAGAGUUCCUGAGGCUGUAAAUCUUUAUGGAAGCAGACUGUCAUAUCUGCUAGCCUUUUGUUUAGCCGCAGAGUGCUUUAAUCAGUGUACCACCAGGGCUCCCUCUGCUAGGAUGAGCCUUGUGGAAAGUUCUUUGAGCAACCCUGGGGUAGUGUGAGAGACCAGGUUAUCUGAUUGGGAAGGCCCUUCAAUGGGGAGGCACAAAUUUGGAAGUGAAAGGGCACUGUAUGGAAAGAAAACAUCAAACUGACAGCUUUGCUGGAUGUAUUAGUUUCUUAGGGCUGCCAUAACAAAUUACCACAAACUGGAUGGCUCAAAACAGCAGAAAUUUUUUCCCUCAGUUCAAGAGACCAGAAGUCCAAAAUCAAGGUGUUGGCAGGGUUGGUUCUCUCUGGAGGCUCUAAGAGACAAUCUAUUCUAUGCCUCCCUCCUAGCUUCUCGUGGUUGCCAGCAAUCGUUGGCACCCCUUGACUUGUAGAUGCAAUCUCUGCCUCGGUCUCCACAUGGCAUUCUCCUCUAAGUCCAUGUCUUUUCAUUUUCUGUCUUUUAUAAGGAAACCUUCAUUGGAUUUAAUGGCAUAGUGGUUAAGAGCUAUGGCUGCUAACACUAAGGUCAACAGUUUGAAUCCACCAGGUGCUCCUUGGAAACCCUAUGGGGCAGUUCUACUCUGUCCUGUAGAGUCGCUAUGAGUCAGAAUCGAGUUGACGGCAGCAGGGUUUUUUUUUUUUUUUAAAUCCAGUAUAGUCUCCUCUCCAUCCUUACAUUAAUUUAAUUACAUCUACAAAGACCCUUGUGUCCCUCAGUUUAUCCUACUCUGGUGGCUUGCAUGUUACUGUGAUACCAGAAGAUUUGCCACUGGUAUUUCAAAUACCAGGAGGGUCAUCCUUGGUUGACAAGUUUCAGCUGAGCUUCCAGACUGAAACAGACUAGGAAGAAGGACCUAGUGGUCUACUUCUGAAAGAAUUGAGUAGUGAAAACCUUAUGAAUAACAGCAGAACAUUGUCUGAUACAGUGCCAGGAGAUGAGGCCCUCAGUUUGGAAGGCACUCAAAAUACAACUGGGGCAGAGCUACCUCCUCAAAGUAGAGCCAACCUUAAUAAUGUGGACGGAGUCAAGCUUUCAGGGUGUUUUUCUGCUGAUGUGGCACGACUCAAAAAGAAAAAACAGCUGCAAACAUCCAUUAGUAAUCGAAACAUGGAAGGUACGAAAUCGGAAAUCUUCAUAAAUGAAACGGAACGCAUGAACAUCGAUAUCCUAGGCAUUAGUGAACUGAAAUGGACUGGUAUUAGCUAUUUUGAAUCAGACAAGUAUAUGGUCUACUAUGCUGGGAAUGACAACUUGAAGGGGAAUGACAUUACAUACAUCGUCAGAAAGAAUAUUUCAAGAUCUAUCCUGAAGUACAACACUGUCAGUGAUACGAUACUAUCCAUAUGCCUACAAGGAAGAUCAGUUAAUAUGACUAUUAUUCAAAUUUAUGUACCAACCACUAAGGCUAAAGGUGAAGAAACUGAAGAUUUUUACCAGUUUCUGCAGUCUGAUCAAACAUGCAAUCAAGGUGCAUUGAUAAUUACUGGUGAUUGGAAUGCAAAAGUUGAAAACAAAGAAGAAAGAUUGGUACUUGGAAAAUAUGGCCUUGGUAAUAGAAAUGACGCUGGAAAUUGCGUGAUACAAUUUUUCGAGACCAACGAUUUCUUCAUUGCAAAUACCUUUUUUCAACAACAUAAAUGGAAACUAUACAUGUGUACCUUGCUGGAUGGAAUACACAGGAAUCAAUCAACUACAUCUGUGGAAAGAGACAAUGGAAAAGCUCAAAAUCAUCAGCCAGAGUAAGGCGAGGGGUUGACUUCAGAAAAGACCAUCAAUUGCUCACAUGCAAGAUCAAGUUGAAACUGAAGAAAAUUAGAACAAAUCCACAAGAGCCAAAGUAUGACCUUGAGUAUAUCCCACCUGAAUUUAGAGACAUCUCAAGAAUAGAUUUGAUGUAUUGAACACUAAUGACUGACGACCAGAUGAGUCGUGGAAUGAUAUCAAGGACAUCAUACAUGAAGAAAGUGAGAGGUCAUUAAAAAGACAAGAAAGUAAGAAAAGACAAAAAUGGAUGUCAGAAUACACUCUGAAAGUUUCCCUUGAAUGUAGAGUAGCUAACGCAAAUGGUAGAAAUGUUGAAGUAAAAGAGCUGAUCAGAAGAUUUCAAAGGGUAGCUAGAGAAGACAAAGUAAAGUAUUAUAAUGACAUGUGCAAAGAUCUGGAGAUGGAAAACCGAAAGGGAACACACUCAGCAUUUCUCAAGCAGAAAGAACUGAAGAAAAAAAUUCAAGCCUUGAGCUGCAAUUUUACAGGGAAAAUAUUAAAUGAUGCAGGAAGCAUCAAAAGAAGAUGGAAGGAAUACACAGAGCCAUUGUACCAAAAAGAAUUGGCCGACGUUCAACCAUUUCAGGAGGUAGCAUAUGAUGUAGAACCUAUGGUACUAAAGAAAGAGGUCCAAGUUGCACUACAGACAUUGGUGAAAAACAAGGCUUCAGGAAUUGAUGGGAUACCAAUUGAGAUGUUUCAACAAACAGAUGCAGUUCUGGAAGUUCUCUGUCAAUGUACUGUUGUAACUGCUUAGACCAAGAGGCAGUUGUUCAAACAGAAGAAGGGGCUAUUGCGUGAUUUAAAGUUAGGAAAGGUGUGCAUCAGGUUGUAUCCUUUCACCAUACUUGUAUCAAUAUGUAUGUUGUGCAAAUAAUCUGAGAAUCUGGACUAUAUGAAGAAGAAUGGGGCAUCGGGAUUGGAGGAACACUCAAUAACGACCUACGAUAUGCAGAUGACACAACCUUGCUUUCUGAAAGUGAAGAAGAUUUGAAACACUGAUAAAGAUCAAAGACUACAGAUUUCAGUAUGGAUUACACCACAACUUAAAGAAAACACAAAUCCUCACAACUAGACCAAUAAGCGACAUGAUAAACAGAAAAAAUAUCGAAGAUAACAAGGAUUUCAUUUCGCUUGGAUCCACAGUCAACAGCCAUGGAAGGGACAGUCAAUAAAUCAGAGGAUGCAUUGGAUUGGGCAAAUCUGCUGCAAGAGAUCUUUUUAAGUUGUUAAAAAGCAAAAAUGUCACUAAGGACUAAGGUGUGCCUGACUCAAGCCAUGGUGUUUUCAAUAGCAUCAUAUGCAUGUGAAAGCAGGACAAUGGAUGAGAAAGAUUAAAGAAGAACUGAUGCAUUUGAAUUAUGGUGUUGGUGAAGAAUAUUGACUAUGCCAUGGACAGCUAGAAGAAUGAACAAAUCUGUCUUGGAAGGCAUAUAGCCAGAAUGCUCCUUAGAAGCAAUAAUGUAAAGACUUCGUCUCACCUACUUUGGACAUGUUAGCAGGAGGGUCCAGUCACUUGAGAAGGACAUCAUGCUUGGUAAAAUAGAGGGUCAGUGAAACAGAGGAAGACCCUCGAUGAGAUGAAUUGACACAGCGGCUCCAACAAUGGGUUCAAACAUAGCAGCGAUUGUGAGAAUGGUGCAGGACCGGGCAGUAUUUUCGUUCUGUUUUACCAGGGUCACUAUGAGUCAGAAUCGACUUGAUGGCACCUAACGAAAAUAAUAAUAAUAAAACAUUUUAAAAUAAGGUCACAUCCUGAGGUUUCAGGUAAAUAUGGAUUUGGGGGCACACUAUUCAACCCACUAUGCUAGAGUUGGCAUAAUUGUUUCUGAUGGUCUGGAGACUUAGACUUAGGCAGUAGAAAAAAAUACUGUCUUUGGGAGAAAGAAGAAUAUAAAAGAAGAUGCUUGGGAAGUCACAGGUGGAAAGAAGGCAGAGAAAGGCAAAGAGGGUAGAAUGAAUGAGUAUGAGAGAAUAGUAAAGAGACAACGGAUGGACUGAUGGGAAAUAAAUGGGAAGCAUGCAUGAGUUUUAAUGAGAAUGAGAACACACACACACACACACACACACACACACACAAAAUACUGGGAAAGGAGGACAUCUACUUCAAUCUACAUUCCUGGAGAUUGGUGUGAUUAGAAAGGAAGAAAUUAUAAGCAGUGAACAGGGCCUGAGGCGAUUCCUAAAGCCACAGAGACUUUCUGAGGGUUUUUAAUUAUAGUUAGUUUAUGAGGAAUCUCAACAUAGUCAAGUCUAAAAAUGAAGUAAUUUUUAUUUUUCUCUAGCUAUUGCAUCAAUUGGAUUCUGAAAUUUUACCGUUCCUAUCACUUAAUGACAUCUUAAACUGAUUUCAUUCCUCUCUACUCCCUUUGAGGUACAAAUAGUUCAAACUAGUUUAAAUUUUAAUCUCCAACUCCAUUGUCUUAGGCUGGGUUCCUAGAAAAGCAAAACUAGUGAAGUAGGUAUACAUAUGUAUGAAUUGUUGUUGUUAUUAGGUGCCGUCAAGUCAGUUCCGACUCAUGGCAACCCUAUGUACAACAGAACAAAACACCGCAUAGUCCUGUGCCAUCCUCACAAUCAUUGUUAUGCUUAAGUCCAUUGCUGCAGCCACUGUGUCAAUCUGUCUCACUGAAGGUCUUUCUCUUUUUUGCUGAUCUUCUCUAGGGACGGAUCCCUUCUAAUAAAAUGUCCAGAGUAUGUGAGGUGAAGUCUCACCAUUCUUGCUUCUAAGGAGCAUCCUGGCUAUACUUCUUCCAACACAGAUUUGUUCGUUCUUCUGGCAGUCCAUGGUAUAUUCAAUAUUCUUCACCAGCACCAUAAUUCACAGGCAUCAAUUCUUCUUCACUCUUCCUUAUUAAUUGUCCAGCUUUCACAUACAUAUGAGGUGAUUGAAAAUACCAUGGCUUCUGUCAUGUACACCUUAGUCCUUAGAGUGACAUUUUUGCUUUUCAACACUUUAAAGAAGCCUUUUGCAGCAGAUUUGUCCAAUGCAGUGUGUCAUUUGAUUUCUUGACUGCUACUUUAUAGAUGUUGAUUGUAUAUAUACACAUAUAUGUAUGUAUACAUAUAUAGAUAGAUAGAUAUGUAGAUAGAGAGAGAGAGAGAGAGAGAGAGAUUUGUAUCAAGGAAAUGGCUCAUGUGGUUGUAGAAGUUGAAACAUCUCAAGUCCAUGGGUCAGGCUGGAGGCUCCUCCUGACUCAUGUAGCUGAAAGGGCCCACGAACCCAUGAUUGGCAGGUCAGAUGGAAGGCUGCUGGUUCACGGGCUGUGGAGGCCGACAAAUCCAAGAUCAGCAGGUAAGAUAGCAGGCUACUGGCUCAAGUCCCAAGAACCGGAAGUUAGAUGAUACCGAGCCUGAUGCAGGAUUCAGAGCAUAUAAAGCCAGGAAGUUUUGCCAGAACAUCCAUAUAUAUUGGAUGGAGGCCAAACCCCUGAGGAAACUCCCAUCAAAAUUGAAUGGUUGCUCAUAGCAGAUCUGAUCAUGGAAGUGAUUACAUUGUGGAAAAGUAAUAAGUCCAAUCUCUGCCAAAUUACAUCGUUAUAUAACUUCCAAACCACUGAGAAUCAUGGCCAAGCCAAGUUGACACAUAACCUUAACCAUCGCAGUCCACCCCUUGUCAACUUGGCACCAGUACAUAUUUCUUUAAACCAUAUAUAAUCUCUAAGAAAAGAAAAUUACAAAGCCAUACUUGUGCCUAACAUGAUACAAUUAACAUGUAUACAACGGAAAACAUGCCAGUCCCUGUUUACAUCUUACGUUUUAUAAGGGAGGAAAACAAAAGUAUUUUUAUUUAUUUAUUUUUAUAAUUUUUAUUGAGCUUUAAGUGAACGUUUACAAAUAAAGUCAGUCUGUCACACAUAAGCUUAUAUACACCUUACUCCAUACUCCCACUUACUCUCCCCCUAAUGAGUCAGCCCUUCCAGUCUCUCCUUUUGUGACAACUUUGCCAGUUUCUAACCCUCUCUACUCUCCCAUCUCCCCUCCAGACAGGAGAUGCCAACACAGUCUCAAGUGUCCACCUGAUACAAGUAGAUCACUCUUCAUCAGCAUCUCUCUCCAACCCAUUGUCCAGUCCCUUCCAUGUCUGAUGAGUUGUCUUCGGGAAUGGUUCCUGUCCUGGGCCAACAGAAGGUUUGGGGACCAUGACCGCCAGGAUUCCUCUAGUCUCAGUCAGACCAUUAAGUCUGGUCUUUUCGUGAGAAUUAGGGGUCUGCAUCCCACUGAUCUCCUGCUCCCUCAGGGGUUCUCUGUUGUGCUCCCUGUCAGGGCAGUCAUCGGUUGUGAUCGGGCACCAUCUAGUUCUUCUGGUCUCAGGAUGAUGUAAGUCUCUGGUUCAUGUGGUCCUUUCUGUCUCUUGGGCUCAUAGUUGUCGUGUGACCUUGGUGUUCUUCAUUGUCCUUUGAUCCAGGUGGGUUGAGACCAAUUGAUGCAUCUUAGAUGGCCACUUGUUAGCAUUUAAGACCCCAGACGCCACAUUUCAAAGUGGGAUGCAGAAUGGAAAACAAAAAUAUUUGAUGCACACAUACAAGGAAGAAAUAUUCAUAACAAUUACAGGCUCAGUUCUACAACUAGUCACGUGAUUGUAACUGGUAUUUAGAGCUACCUUCUUCCACCAUCCACUCUGUAUUCUCUUUGGCCUCAGCAAGCACCUCAGCUGGUUGUGGUUCUUUGCCUGGUGGGGUGACCCAAACCUUCAUUCCUGAAGGGUCUGGGCCAUUAGUAGUCAUGCUGGAAUUGGGCUGCUGUACUUUUCCAUUGACUUUAAUCACAAGGCAUUGUAGCCCUAAGAGGCAUCCUAAGGGAUUUCCUGUAUUCCAGUCAGACUCAUCUUUACCUCUAUUAUAUAAUAUCAAUCCAAUUUCCCCUUGAUAGUCAGGAUCAAUCACACCAGCCAAUACAGUAACUUUCUUCUUUGCCUGUUGAUCCAGAGGCAUAAAGAGCCUGAAGUUGCUGGAAGGCUUCCUUUUUUUUUUCACCACCAGUGAAAGCAGAUUUGUUUGAUGGGUUGUGUCCAGGAACCAAAAAGGCUAUGUCCCCAUUUUCAAUUACCCCCUUUCCCUCCAGGAUCUAAAAUUGCUCCACCUGGGAAGGGGCUCUAAGUUGCUUCUUGGUUUUCCAAGGACCAAGUCAUCCCCUUCUCUGUGCAGCCCAACUUAGAAGCUCAGUAGCAAUACUGUCUUGUUUUGUUUAUUUCCUCAGCAAUGCCUGCUGCAAUUAUUUAGAAACAGCUAGGAGUGGAGGGGGACAGGGGAAGCAGUUGGAUGAGUAAGAAAACUGACACACAGGAAAAUAGAAACCUAGCCUAUCAAAGGCCUCUCUGCCCUGCCUCAGUUACUUGGUCCUUCAUUGGUUUCAUUUCCCUUUGUGCUGGAUUAUGCCAUUCUGAAUCAGACUCGGAAUUUCCACUGCCAGCCAUGGGCCUAGCCCCAGAGCCAUGAGAUGAGCUAGUCCAAAUUUGGGUAUGUUCCUGGCCCACAAAAGCUCGAAGUUAUUGGUCAGGCAUAUUUUGCCACCCCUGUACACCGUUGCUGUCUUUCCAUUCAGUUCAAGGAUGACAAUUUUUGGAGCAGUAGUGGGAUAUGUGAUAGGAAUGUCAAAGCUGAUGUCAAAUUCAUAUUUGAGGAGGUCUUGGAUAUACCAGCAUUUUCCAAAUCACCAAGUCCCUUCCUUGUUGGACUCCAGACGGAACCAAUCAUUGUCUGCAUUCUUGCUGUUCUCCACGUAUCGGAUAAGGGACUGAUAUUGCUACUUGAGUCGCUGCCUCCACAACUCAAGACCUCAAUGUCCAGCAUUAGUCUUCAGUACCAGGAUCUCUGACAUCACAUGCUGGGUGGCCUCAUUUGCCAUCUUGGACCAGGGCACAAGAGCUGGGAGGCAUUCUUAACUUCCAGUUCAGUGAAAUCAUUGUUGUCUCUCCAGGUGGGAGCAUUCUUGCCUUUGGAACUAAGAUCUCCAGUCCCGCAGAGCAUAGGGUCGAGGGACAGGAAACAAAAAUUUGCAAGUGGGUCACUAGGGAUAAUAGUGAGUGUUGCCACUCCUAUUUCCACCUCUUGUUUCUUGUACUCACAAAUCCUGGCUAUGGGAAAAACAGCAACAUAUGUUGGACUCCAGUUUACAGCAUAUACAGCCUCCUGGAGGACAUUUCCCUAACCCUGCAAGGUAUUGCCACCUGGCUAGGGCAGUAAUUGUGUCUUUAGAAGGCCAUUACCUUGUUCUAUCAAUUUAGCUGCUUCAGGAUAUUGGUGAACAUGGUAAGACCAGUGAAUUCCAUGAGCAUGGGCCCACUGCUGCACUUUAUUUGCUGUAAAGUGAGUCCCUUGAUCCUAGGCAAUGCUGUGUGAGAUACCAUAGUGAUGGAUAAAGCAUUCUGUGAGUCCAAGGAUGGUAGUUUUGGCAGAAGCAUUGUGUGCAGAGGAGGGAAAUCCAUAUCCAGAGUAAAUUCUAUUCCAGUAAGAACAAAACGCUGCCCUUUCCAAGAUGGAAGCAGUUAAAUGUAAUCAACCUGUCACUGGGUUGCUGGCUGAUCACUUUGAGGAAUGGUGCCAUAUCAGGAACUCAGUGUUGGUUUCUGCUGCUGGCAGAUAGGGCACUCAGUAGUGGCUGUAGCCAAUUUGGCCUUGGUGAGUGGAAGUCCAUGGUGCUGAGCCCGUACAUAACCUCCACCCCUGCCACCAUGGCCACUUUGUACAUGAGCUCAUUGGACAAUGAUGGGAGUGGCUGAGGAAAGAGGAUGGCUGGUUUCCACAGAAUGUGUCAUUCUAUCCACUUGACUAUAAAAAAAUCCUCCUCUGCCACGGUCACCCUUAGGUGAUUAUUUGGGUGAGUCACAAAUAUCUUCACUUCUUUGGCCCAUUCAGAGAGGUCUAUCUGCAUACCUCUUCCUCUUCCCACCUUGUCUCCAAUUUUCCAAUCAUAUUCCUUUCAAGUCUUUGACCAUGCAGUCAAACCAUUGGCCAUAGCCCAUGAAUAAGUAUACAGUAGCACAUCUGGCCAUUUCUCCUUCCAAGGAAAGUGAACAACCUGGCACCCUACUCAAAGUUCUGCCCAUUGGGAGAAUUUCCUUCACCACAAGGCAAUGAUGAAUCUGUGAUACAUCUCGCAACAUGGAUGAAUCUGGAGGGCAUUAUGCUGAGUGAAAUAAGUCAAUCACAAAAGGACAAAUAUUGUAUGAGACCACUAUUAUAAAAACUCUCGAAAAGGUUUUUUCCACACAAAAAGAAACAAUCUUUGAUGGUUAUGAGGGAGGGGAAGGUGAGGAGGGAAAAACACUAAAUAGACAAUAGAAAAGUUGUAACUUUGGUGAAGGGGAAGACAGUAUCAUUGCUAGUAUUCCAUUGUGUGUAUGUACCAUAGUUUGUUUAUCCAUUCAUCUGUUGAUGGGCACUUUGGUUGUGAGAAGAAGCUCUAGCUUGUUACUGGGCCUUAGUAGAUGCCUAUGGUCUCCACUCCUGUCACAUUACCUUCUCUCUCCCAGUCUGCACCUAUGGCCUCAUGGGGAGUUCCUUAUAAUCUCCGAAGAAGAGAAAGCUCAUGCCUGGUUUACAGAUGGUUCUGUGUGAUAUGCAGGCACCACUUGAAAGUGGACAGCAGCAGCACUAUAGCCCCUUUCUGGGUCCUUUCUGAAAGACAGUGGGGAAGACAGCACAACUUGAUGAAGGCAAGGCUGUGGGAGCUCCAUAGACACAUCCAAACGUCCUAAGGGACUGAAUUACUGGGCUGAGGCCUGUGGCCCACGGUAUCGGGGGACAUCUAGUUCAAUUGGCAUAACAUAGUUUAUAAAGAAAAUGUUCUACAUCUUACGUUAAUGAGUAGCAUCUGGGGUCUUAAAAGCUUGUGAGCAGCCAACUAAGAUACUCCACUGGUCUCAUGCCAUCUGGAGCAAGGAAGAAUGAAGAAAACCAAAGACAUAGAGCAAGAUUAGUUCAGAGGAUGAGUGGACCACAAGUACCACAGGCUACACCAGACUGAGUCCAGCACAACUAGCUGAUGCCUGGCUAUCACCACCAACAGCUCUGACAGGGAUCACAAUAGGGCAUCCUGGACACAGCUGGAGAAAAAUGUAGGACAAAAUUCUAACUCACACACACAUACACACAAAAGACCGGAAUUAGAGGCCUGACAGAGACUGGAAAAACCCUGAGAGUAUGGCCCCCAGAUACCAUUUUAAGUCAGCACUGAAGUCGCUCCUGAGGGUCACCCUUCAGCCAAAUACUGGACAGGCCCAUAAAAUAAAAUGAGACUAAAUGGGCACACCAGCCCAGGGGCAGGGAUGAGAGGGGAAGCAAGGACAGGAAAACUGGUAAUGGGGAACCUAAGGUCGGGAAGGAGAGAAUGUUGACAUGUCAUGGGAGUUGGCAACCAAGUCACAAAACAGUGUUUAUUAAUUGUUUAAUGAGAAACUAAUUUGCUCUGAAAACUUUUAUCUGAAGUACAAUAAAAACAAACAAAAGCUGUUUCUCAAAAGGAGAGUAAUUAUCUGCUGAGGAUGGCAUAGCUUUGUUCCAAAGUUCUACGGGUCUACACUGCGAUUCACCGAUAGAGGCCUGCCAAAGACUCCAAACACCAUCUCUAUCUGCUACUGACAUUUCAAGAACCACUGGAUCAGCUGGAUCAUAUGGCCCAAGGGGCAGAGCAGCUUGCAUGACAACCUGAACCUGUUGCAGAUCCUUCUCUUACUCUGGGAGCCCCUCAAAACUAGCAGCUUUUUGAGUCACUUGAUAAAUAGGCUGGAAUACCACACCCAAAUGAAGAAUGUGUUGCAUCCAAAAUCCAAAGAGGCCCACCAGGUGUUGUGCCUUUUUUCUAGUUGUGGGAGAGGCCAGAUGCAACAACUUAUCCUUCAUUUUGGAAGGACUAUCUUCACAUGCCGCAUGUCACUGGACUCCUAGAAAUUUAGCUGAGGUGGAAGACACCUGAAUAUUUGUCAGAUUAAUUUCCUGCCCUCUAGCACACAAAUGUUUUACCAAUUAGUCCAGGGUCAUUGACACUUCUUCCCUACUAGGUCAAAUCAACAUAAUGUGAUCAAUGCAGUGGACCAGUGUGAUGUCCUGUGGAAGGGAAAGGCAAUCAAGUUCCCUGCAAACUGAAUUAUGACAUAGGGCUGGGGAGUUGUUACUUCCCCAAGGUAGGGCAGUGAAGGUAUAUUGUUGACCAUGCCAGCUUAAGGCAAACUGCCUCUGGUGUUCCUUAAAAACAGGUAUGGAGAAAAAGGCAUUGGCCAUAUCAAUACUUGCAUACCAGGUACCAGGAGAUGUAUUAAUUUGCUCAAGCAAUGAAACUACAUUUCUAACACCAGCUGCAAUUGGAAUCACCACCUGGUUAAGUUUAUAAUAAUCCAUUGUCAUUCUCCAAGAUCCAUCUGUUUUUCUGCACAGGACAAAUAGGCAAAUUGAAUGGGGGUGUGGUGGGAAUCACCACCCCUGCAUCCAUCUAGUCCUUGAUGGUGGCAGUAUCUCUGCAGUCCAUCCAGGAAUGUGGUAUUGCUUUUGAUUUACCAUUUUCCUAAGUAGGGGCAGUUCUAAUGGCUUCCACUUGGCUUCUCCUACCAUAAAACACUUAUUCCACUUGUCAGGAAUCCAAUGUGGGGGUUCUGCCAGUUGCUGAGUAUAUUUAUUCCAAUUAUGCAUUUUGGAACUGAGAAAAUCACUACAGGAUGGGUUCAGGGACACACUGGACCCACUAUGAGAUGAACCUGAGCUAAGACUGUAUUAAUAACCUGACCUCCAUAUGUCACCACUCUGACUGGUGGGCCACAGUGACAUUUUGGGUCUCCUGGAAGUAGUGUCAUUUCAGAGCUGAAUCAAAAAAAACAAACCCAUUGCCGUCAAAUCGAUUCUAACUUACAGAGUAGAACUGCCCCACAGGGUUUUCAAGGAGCAACUGGUAGAUUUGAACUGCCAACAUUUUGGUUAGCAGUCAAACACUUAACUGCUUCAUCACCAGGGACCCAGUUCAGAGCCAGUAUCCAGUAAUCCCUGAAAGUCUAAUUAUUUCCUCUUCCCCAACGAACAGUCACUCUCGUAAAAGGCUGUAGAUCUCUUUGUGGAAGGCUGGGAGAAAAAUUAACAGUAUAAAUUUUUUGCAGUGUAGAGGAGCCCUUCCUCAAGGAGACCCAGCCUCCCCUUUAUUCAAGGGGUUGUGUGUGUGUAAACUGGCUCAAGUCUGGGAAUUGAUUGAGGGGCUGUGACUCUAUUCUGGUGAGUCUAGUUAGACUGCUAUUUACUUGACUUAGAAUUCUACUUGUAAGAUCAAGUAAAUAUUUGGUAGAUUUCCCAUCUAUUUCACUCCUAGGGACAUCAUCAGAAUCGACUCGAUGGCACUGGGUUUGGUUUUGGUAGGGACAUCAUGACUAAGUAGCCAGUGCCAUAAGUUCAUGCUAGUCAGACUAUUCUUAUCACUGCUUUGACUGCGCUGUCCAUAGCAGUAACCAAAACCACCUUGUCUUUGUCGACUGAGUGUUACCACUUGACCCCAACUACUAUGUGGUUUAUUAGACCCAUUGUAGUUAGGUAUCUUAAUUCAGUUAGGGCAGUUCCCACUGUCAAAUUUGACUUACAUAAAAUAGCAAUUACAGCAGUCUUCAGAGAUGUAGAGGCUCUCGUCACGUAUUUGUUCCUCAACAUUGUGAUAAAAGGUGUGUCCUCUGAGCACUCCAUGGGUGGGUCUGUGGAUCCAACCUGAUAAAUGCACUCUAACAUGCCAGUUUUCCUAAGCCCUUGUAUACCUUCUUCGAAAUAUAUAAAGGCAGGCUUGGUACUUCAGCUGUGAUCCAUGCUUCCAAAAACCAACCAAAUGAACUAUUAGAUCCUUUCUCAACCUCUUGAGCUGAAACUCUGAAUGAAGAAUCUGUGCUCAAUAGGCCCAUAUCAGCAAACUCAGACUGAUCUGAUUUUAUGUUCCUUGCAUCAUUAUCCCAUACCCUAAAUAGCCAUUUCCACGCAUAUUCCCCAGGUUUUUGUUUGUACAUAUUAGAAAAGUCAAGCAGCUCUUUUGGAGUGUAGCCUACCUCCUGGGUCACGCUUUGAACUUCACCUUCUAGGGCUUGCUGGUACUUAAGUCUAGUUAUAAAAUGGGUGGUGGGAACGUGUUGUAUGGCAUCUGCCUCAGGCAAUGCCCCAAGCAAUGACUCAGACACUGCCCCAGGAGAUAUCUCAGACUAAAGCUCUUCAGACACACCUGGGUGGAUCUCAUUAGAUAGGGGUGAAGGGGCUAAUGGUUUUAUUGGCAGGAGCAAUUCAAUGGAAUUUAGGAGCUCAGUGUCCCCAGCUUCGUAAUUAUCUUCCCAUAUGUCCCCAUCCCAAGUUUCAGGAUCCCAAUUCCUCCCAAUCCUCCCAUUUCCUCACUUUAACUUCAGACACCAUUUGACGUUGGGAAUUCAGUUGCUGUUGUAAUUCAGCCACGCUUACUAUAAGACUGGGUUUGAGUUUUGGCAAUAUCAGCUCUGUUACUACAAGAAAUAAGGUUUCCUUUCAGGGAACAAAUGGCAAUUUUCAGGUCAUUUAUGUGGCACUUGAGUUUUGAUGAGCCCCAAGCUCAUCUUUUUCUUUCACCACUUUAUCUAGUGAAAGUAGGACCAAACAACCAGCUUACUCAUACUUCUCAUUCUAACAAAAUUGUAGAAAGGUAUCAAAUAUAUGAUUACCCGUAGCCUCACCUCUUACCAAUACUUCAUCUAUGUUGUUGCUGUUAGGUGCCAUCAAGUUGGUUCCGACCCAUAGCAUUCUGUACAACAGAAUGAGACACUACCCGGUCCUGCGCUAUCCCCACAAUCAUCGUUAUACUCGAGCCCAUUGUUGCAGCCACGGUGUCAAUGCAUCUUGUUGAGGGUCUUCCUCUUCUUUGCUGACCCUCUACUCAUCAAGCAUAGUGUCCUUCUCCAGGGACUGGUCCCUUCUGAUAACAUGUCUAAAGUAUGUGAGAUGAAGUCUUACCAUCCUCGCCUCUAGUGAUCAUUCUGUCUGUACCUCUUCCAGCACAGACAUGUUCAUCCUUCUGGCAGUCCAUGGUACAUUCAAUAUUCUUUACCGACACCAUAAUUCAAAGGCAGUAGGCAGCAAGAACCCAAAAAGGUCCAUACCCUUUAAAUUAGUCAUUCUCCCUGUAGGAGUUUUUCCUAAGACAAUAGUGAAAAAUUCAAAGAUUAUGUAAAAGAUUUUUUUUAAAAAAAACAUUUUGUGAAUCUUCCCUCAGAAAGAUAACUGGAGAUGAGGAUGAUCUUUGUCUGACAUGUACUCAGGUCCUGACAUGCCAGUUAAGUCCCUGAGUGGUACAAGCAGUUAAGGCACUUGACUGCUAACCAAGUGGUCAGCAGUUUGAAUCCACCCAGAGGCACCUCAGAAAAAAGGCCUGCCAAUCUACUUCCAAAAAAUCAGCCAUUGAAAACCCUAUGGAUUGCAGUUCUACUCUGGCACACAUGUGGUCACCAUCAGUCAGAAUGACUUAAGACAACUGGUUUGGCUUUUUGGUUUGACAUACUAGUGGCAAUUUCAAAAAUUCGGCUGGAAAGUUCUGAGUAGUUAGAUUUCAUUAAGAGGUAACUGUCUCAGUGAUGCCGUUUCUCAGUCUCACAAGCUUUAAGGGGUACAGUUUGAUGCUACGGAAUCUAAGCAGGUUGAAAGGCAUUAUGGUGUUGGGUGUGGAGAAUGGAAGGGAAAUGAAAGAAAGGAACAACCACUGCUCUGCCCAUGAACAUGAGCCCUAACCCCAUUCUGAGAGGGGCCUCACCAAUAAAGGCUCUGUGGUCAGAGCAUUUGGUUCCUUCCUUAUUGGUUAAGAAACCACACUCUGCAAAUUAAAGUUGCUCCUUAGAAGAUUUGGCUGUAUCAGGGUGUGUGUGUAUAUGUGUGUGCACGCUUACAUGUUCAUGCGUGUUCAAUGGUUACCCACUGGACAAUUGGAAGAGGAAAAAAAGAGGAAGGCCGACAAUUUGGAGUGGUGUGGACAAGCUUGAAGGGAAAAAAAGACUCAGAGUGCUAUUGCAUCACAUUGCCCUGCUGUCCUCCCUUUCCUGGGCAUUACUCUCUGGACCUGGGCUCACAAAAUCUAAUGCAUUUGGGGGCUACAAAUAAAUUCUUAGUCAUACCACCCUCAUCUCCCGUAAUGGAUGGAGAGAAGAAAGAGGGGAAGUUCAUUUUUUCGGUUUCAGAAAUGUAUUUACACACACAUUUCCCUAUUCAAACCUGUUAAACAAAAUCUGGUCUCAACUCACUAUAUUGAUUUCAGGAACCCCUAAUGGCUUGCAGAGUCCCUGGAUGGUGCAAACAGUUAAGCGCUCAGCUAUUAACCAAAAGGUUGGAGGUUUGAAUUCACCCACAGGUGCCUCUGAAGAAAGCCCUGGCAAUAUAAUUUUGAAAGUUCGCAGCCAUUGAAAACCCCAUGGAGUGCAGGUCUACUCUGAAAUCCAUGAGGUCAUCAUGAGUCCGAGUCGACUCUAUGGCAACUGGCUAAUGGAUUGCAACCUACAGUGUGAAAAACACUGCUCCAAAGGCAUUCUAAUUUAAUUCUUUUGGAAGCACUGUGUAGACUCAAGUAAAUGUAUCUGUACACCAAAUUCAGCCCAUAGGUGGCUAGCGUGCAACCUUUUUCUUAACCGGAAAACUCAGGACAUGUACUGCCAGGGGGAAGAGGAAAGGUUCCUAGGGUAGAACAAUUCCUGUGAGUCUCCAGCACGGUGGGUGGAGAGCCUGUGACAGAGGGUGGAGGAAGCACUUUAAAGAUGGAUUCAGACCUGAGGGGAAGGCAGCAAAUUAGGGACUCAAUGUGCCCACAAGGGGCUCCAAUGGGAAAGGGCAUGUUUGGCUCACUGUUUUCAGUUUUUCCCUCCUGCAAGAUAGUUACUUUCAGUCAUUUCAACCCUUCAAUGAAACGUGACUUACCUGUGUAGCCUUGUGGGAUGCUGGUUUGGAAAAUGAAGGGAAGGGGAAUAAUAAGAAGUAGCUAGGCCCACUUGCACACAUCCAACAGAACUUAUGGGGAAGGAACAGUGGCCUUCAGAGGGGGCUUUUUUGAGAAGCUCCAGACUUCUUAGAGUGAACAGUGGCCCAUGGAGGAGCAUCCAGCCCUGAGGCACAACUGGAGCAUGGACAACUCAGGGGACAGAAGGGGAAAUAUCCUUUUUCCAUGUACCAGUAGGAGGAAACUUAAAAACAAGAAAGAGUCAUGCUUAGUCAACAUUUAUCAUACUAAAAGAGUGUAAACCACUCUCCAAACAAAAGAAAAAUGCCUAAAGAAGUCAAGCUACAAUCAUAGAGUGGAAUAUUAUGCAACUGGGAUGAGGAUGUUUUAAAAAAAAUAAUGAUGUAAUCUGAAUAUAACGUUGAAGUUUAGAAGUUGAAUAAGAAACUACAAAACUAAUACAAGAAUUCAACUUUUAAAAUGAUAAAUAUAUAGUAUGUAUGAGGAGUGUAUAACAAUGUAACAGUGGUUGCUUCUGACUGGUGAAAUUAGUUAUGAUUUUUAUUUUCCUCUUUUUUACUUUUCUUUAUUUUCCAAAAUCAUUUUAAUAGCACAAAGUACUUGAAAUUUACUGCUUGGUUGUGACUGAUCUGUUAAAAAGAUUGUUAUAAUGAAAUUUUAUUCCUGUAAGUUUAGACAGGAUUUAACCACUGGAAUUCUGGUCACCUCACCAAAUGGACUUUGCCCCCUUGAGUUGCCAUUAUUCCUUAAUAUUGUCAAAGCUUAGUAUGGCCAGAGAUGGAGAGAGAAAUCUAUCCCUCUAUCCAUCUAUAAAAAGAGAGAGAGAGAGCCUAUUAUAAGUCAAAAAAAAUCGGAGGUUCUUGGUUUAGGGAAGCUGACCUUGAUAAGUGUGAUAGAAAUGCUGGUUACAGGAGAGGAUUGUGGAGGGAAAGAAGGCUCCUGGAUACCAUUCAAUACUCGGCUGAGGACAAGUUCAGAGGCAGACAACUGAUAUUCCUUAGCUUUAUUUGCCCAUUUGCUGUUUGUUAUUUUCUUGUGAUCAUUGUUACCUUAAGGGACAAGAAUGGUACUAUCAGGAGGAGGUGGGGCCAAGAAGGCAGAAGAGACAGAUGCUUCUGGUGAGCCCUCUUAGAACAAAGACCCGAGAAAACAAGUGAAAUGAGUAUAUUUAUGACAAGAUAAGAGCCCUGAACAUCAAAGGCAAGGUUGGAAAACGAACUGAGGGGCAAGGGGAGGAAGAGAUGGUUCAGAAGCAGAGAGGAGUUACUGGAAUUGAAUUGCUGGGAGCCCUCAGGCACCAUUUCCGGGAGUGGCUGUGGCAGGCUGGUACUAGCAUUGGGCAGCAGUUUCCUCAAGGAGAAGCAGCCAGCCACACGGCUUACUCAUGCCUCCAGAACCAGAGAAGAAUGGU